AUGGCCUCGAAUGGAAUCACAGCGUUGGCCGAUGAUGAUCAGUCGGCUCAGGCUGGUGUCAACGAAAAGAUGAAACCUCCCUCGGAGCAACCCGUAACUCCAAUGCUGACAGAAGAGCAACGUGUGCUGGACCGAAAGAUCUUACGAAAGAUCGAUCUCCUGAUUCUACCCAUAUGUGCCAUGAAUCAUUUCUUCUCAUCCAUGGAUCGUUCCGAUAUUGGAAAUGCCAGACUAGCAGGGUUCAAAAAGGACAACCACCUCUCUGCCACUCAGUUCUCGACUGUGGUAUCAAUGUUCCAUGUCGGCUCCAUAAUCAGCCAGCCUGUUAGCGGCCUUCUGAUCCGAUUCGUCGAGGCAUAUAUCCUACUUGGAUUUGCGAACAUUACGUGGGGAAUUUGCACUAUCAUGCUACUCUUUUCCACAAGUGUGGUCCUACCAAGCCUACUCCGGGUUCUUAUUGGAGCAGCCGAAGGCUUGACUCAGAUAAAUACCGUAUAUUUAACAAUGUGGUACACGAAAGAGGAAAUCGCCACGAGAACAGGGCUCUGGAUCUCCUUCGGUGCCCUAGCCGGUGCUUUCAAUGGACUGAUUGCCUGGGGGGUCCAGCAUAAUGUUCACUCAAACACCUUAAGGUCCUGGCAGGUGCUUUUUCUACUUGAGGGGACGUUUCCCAUCUUAUUCGGGCCAGUCAUAUUAUACUUCUAUCCGUCAUCUCCAACUAAAGUGAAAAAGUACUUCUCGGAAGAAGAGAAGGGAAUUUGUAUCGCCCGCACACAACGAGCCGGAAAUACCGUCGACAGAGCAAGCAAUAUUAGAGAAGCAAUAACUAUAUUUCGUAAGCCAGAAACUUACGGUAUGCUGAUUGCACAUUUCUGCGUCCUGUGGGCAGCAUCUGGGUUCGCUAAUUUUCUUCCAACAAUCAUCGACGGUCUCGGGUUCAGCGCAGUGGAGAGCCAACUCCUUACGAUCCCUGUGUGCAUCGUCAGUUUUUUAUCCGUGAACUUUUUCUGCUACUAUAGCGACCGGCUUCAAUUGCGUGGCCCUCUAAUAUUGGGUCUAGCGGUUGUCUCGGCCAUUGGAUUCACGAUGCUGGCAGCGCUAUCCAGCAAGGGUCCACGAGUAUUUGCCCUCUACAUUAUCAGUUUCAGUGUUUACUCAUUGAUUCCACUUACUCUCACAUUUCUUUGUGUGAACACCGUCGGGCUUUCUAGACGUGCUCUAGUCAUUUCGAUACAGAAUGCCUUUGGUCAAUUUGGGGGCCUGGCUGUGAGCUAUACGUACAUGCAUAAGCCGCGGUAUCUCGAGGGAACCUUGACAACUAUAGGUUUUUUGUGUGUUCUGAUUACUACAAUAGGUGCUUUGGAUCUUUACUUCAUCGCUCGGAACCGGGCUAAAGCUGCAGAUGUUGGGUCAGAACUGUGGGAGAAGAAUCGCACCAAGUCGUUUGAUGAGUUGGGAACAGAUCACCCAGAGUUUACAUAUACUGUUUAA